GAUCCGGGAAGGGGAAAGAAACCGGACGACUCCUCGCCGUAUGCUCUACUCGCCAACAUUCUUCUCGGGUAGAACAAAGUUCCUGUGGAAGAAAUCCCUAAAGUGGUGAGUUUGGUGAUGGAGGAGACAGGCGAGGAGUCCAUUCGCGAAGAUUCGAAGGAUACAAGCGAAGAGGCAUCGCCAUUUCCGGUUUUUCAGAAUGAGGAUGAUGAUCUUCCCCCUAAGGUGGGAUCUCCGGAGGAAGAACUCGUCGAUGGUGUGACGAAACAAAUCAUCAAGGAGGGGCAGGGGGACACGCCUCAAAGGCAUGCUACUUGUUUCGUGCACUACCGGGCAUGGACUGUGAGUACAAUGCAUAAGUUUCAGGAUACGAGGAAGGAGCAGCAAGUGCUAGAGCUUGUUCUGGGACAUGAGAAAGAACAGCUGCGCGGCCUUGCAAUUGCUGUUACGAGCAUGAAGGCUGGCGAAAGUGCUUUGUUCAAAGUUGGGUGGAAGCUUGGGUAUGGAAAAGAAGGGAACUUUUCGUUUCCAAACGUUCCACCUAUGGCUGAUCUUGUGUACGAAGUGGAGCUCAUCGGAUUCGAGAAUGCACGCGAGGGAAGACCACGCGCAGAAAUGACAGUGGAAGAGAGAAUCGAGGCCGCUGAUCGACGGCGAGUGGAUGGAAACGACGCCUUCAAAGAGGACAAAGUCGGCGAAGCAAUGCAGAAAUACGAGAUGGCACUGGCGUACAUGGGAGACGACUUCAUGUUCCAACUCUUCGGGAAAUACAAAGACAUGGCCAACGCCGUGAAGAAUCCGUGCCACUUAAACAUGGCAGCUUGCUUGCUCCGGCUCGAGCAGUACGAAGAAGCCAUCGGCCAGUGCAAUGUUGUCCUUGCAGAAGACGAGAACAACGUCAAGGCAUUGUUCCGGCGCGGGAAAGCUCAAGCGGCACUGGGACGAACAGACAAUGCAAGGGCGGACUUCAACAAGGUGAAAGCGCUGGCUCCAAACGACAAGGCAGUGCUCAAGGAGCUCAAGCUGAUAGCGCAGCACGACAAGGAGCUCUACGAGAAGCAAAGGCAGCUCUACAAAGGCCUGUUUGGGCCGCCGCCGCUGGAGACACCAUCGCUCAAGAGAAAGAAAUGGGUGAGAGCUCUCAUAGAUUGGUUCUUGUCGCUCUUCCGUGCCUUGAAGCUUGGACGUAGAAAGAGCGAGUAAAAAGUACGUAACGUUUUCUCACAAUCCAUACUAUGGUAUUAUUUUUAGCAUA